GGAAGUGUUGCGAGCCUAUCGAUAACUCUGGAAUAGACUGCAAUAACCUACGCCACUGCGGUCAAACUGCCGCAGACUUCUGAGUAGAUCGCUGAGCGAUAGUUUCGGCAGCACCUCCUGGAUUCUCGGUUUUGCUGGAGGCAGCAACCGGGGCCUCGCCGCCACCAUGUUUCGAAAUCAGUAUGACAAUGAUGUAACUGUUUGGAGCCCUCAGGGCAGGAUUCAUCAAAUUGAAUAUGCAAUGGAAGCUGUUAAACAAGGUUCAGCCACAGUUGGUCUGAAAUCAAAAACUCAUGCAGUGUUGGUUGCAUUGAAAAGGGCACAAUCAGAGCUUGCAGCUCAUCAGAAAAAAAUUCUCCAUGUUGACAACCAUAUCGGUAUCUCAAUCGCGGGACUUACAGCUGAUGCUAGACUCUUAUGUAAUUUUAUGCGUCAGGAGUGUUUGGAUUCCAGAUUUGUAUUCGAUAGACCACUUCCUGUGUCUCGUCUUGUAUCUCUAAUUGGAAGCAAGACCCAGAUACCAACACAACGAUAUGGCCGGAGACCUUAUGGUGUUGGGCUGCUUAUUGCUGGUUAUGAUGAUAUGGGCCCUCACAUUUUCCAAACCUGUCCAUCUGCUAACUAUUUUGACUGCAGAGCUAUGUCCAUUGGAGCCCGUUCCCAGUCAGCUCGUACUUACUUGGAGAGACAUAUGUCUGAAUUUAUGGAGUGCAAUUUAAAUGAACUAGUUAAACAUGGUCUGCGUGCCUUAAGGGAGACACUUCCUGCAGAACAGGACCUAACUACGAAGAAUGUUUCCAUUGGAAUUGUUGGUAAAGACUUGGAAUUUACAAUCUAUGAUGAUGAUGAUGUGUCUCCAUUCCUGGAAGGUCUUGAAGAAAGGCCACAGAGAAAGGCACAGCCUGUUCAACCUGCUGAUGAACCUGCAGAAAAGGCUGAUGAACCAAUGGAACAUUAAGUGAUAAGCCAGUCAAUAUAUGUAUUAUCAAAUAUGUAAGAAUACAGGCACCACAUACUGAUGACAGUAAUUAUACUGUGAACCAAAAGUUGCAGAGUAAUGGAAUGCUGUGUUUUAGGUAUCAGUCCAGAUGUGAGUUUUUCCAAGCAACCUCACUGAAACCCUAUAAUAGAAUACAUUUUUCUUUGAAAGUGUCUGUAUAAUCGUUUUCCAGAAAGUAUGGGUAUCUGUACUAAUGUUUUUAUAUGAAGAAAAUAGGUGUCUUUGUGGUUUUAAAUACAACUGUGAAAUAAAAUUGUUUCACCACCCUGGUA